AUGUAUUCAUUGAUCAGCUAUCCAUUUUAUUUAAAAUUUUUGUUCGCACCAAUAAUUGAUUUGUAUUAAUUUUAAUUGUUAGGUAAAAGAAAAAGGUAAUAAUGAAAUUAAUUAAGUAUAGCUAUAUUUUACCGAUAAAUUUGUUGUUAUCAAUAAUACUUUUAUAUUUGUCAAGGAUUGAGAUAUUAACGAAUUAUCAAAUAUUAUGGAUAUUAGGAUUUGUUUUGUGUUUAUUUUUGGGAAUUUAAGAUAUAGCAAUAGAUGGAUUAGCAACUGAUUUAUGUAAAUAAUAAGGUGAAAGUGCUGCAUUGUUAUAGAAUAUUGGUUUUACAAUAGGGAAUUCGUUUCUUGGAAAUUUCUUAUUUAUAGCAUUAUAUUCAUCUCAUUAUUGCACAUUGGAGACAUUUUUGAUGAUAUUAUCAAUAGUAGGUUUGAUACUGACAAUUUUGUUAUAUUUAAACUUGUAGGAAUAGGAAGAGUAAUAAAGAAGUGCAAAAAGCUUUUAAGAUUUAUUAAGUGUAAUAAAAUCAUUUUUUUAAAAUGAAAAUAUGAUAAAAUAUUCAUUACUGAUAUUUUUCGAAAGGUAAAUAGUAAUAAAAUAGUCAUUAGAACGGCAUUGUCGUCUUUGGAUGCAACAUUCCGAUUGAAGUUAGUAUAAUUUAAUAUUAACAAAACUUAUAUAUCUUUUAUUGAUACAAUAAUUUUGCCAUUGAAAAUAGCAACUGGUUUGAUAUAUCAUUAAUACUUCAAUAAAUAUGAUUUUAAGUAUAAUUUGAAUUAUAUGUAUAGAUAUUAUGGUAAUAUCCAAUAUUUGAGAUUGAUUUCAACAUUGUUUGCAAUAGUGACAUUAUUGUUAAUUGAUAAAUUUGAGUUAGAUGGGUAAUAUAGUUAUGUGGCGAUAUUCUUUUCUAAUAUGUGUUGGUGGAUAUUAUUUAAUAUAACAUAUAUAGUGAGAGUAUUGAUAUAGAAAUAAAUAUAAGGGUAACUUUUAAAUGAAGAUAACUACACCUGGAGUUGAGGCAACGACAUUAACAAUUUUGAAUAGCAUAAGUUAAUUGGGAGUGAAAUUGGCAUUUUCAAUAAAUUUGAUAGUGGCAAAUUAUGUAAAUUAUUAUUGGUUGUUAUGUGUCGGAUGGAUAAUACAUUUUUUGUAUUGUUUUAGAUACUCAGAAACAUACAGAAAUUUAUACAUGUAGCCCAUAUAAAAGUGGUAUUUAAAUAAAUAAAUAAAAUAAAUUUGAU